AAUCCAAGACACGACCUUUACACAAAAGCCCCAAAUCGUCCCAACGACCACCGUAUCUUUUGCCCCAAAUUCGCCGUCGCCGAUUCUCUCUCUCUCUCUCUCUGCAGAUAUUCGAGAACUAAUAAUCAGAUUCUCCGCCAUCGGUUCUUGAUUUUGGGGUGUAACAACAAUAUUCCAAGUAUUUUAGGGUGCAUCGAGGAUGGGAGAACAAGACCCUGAAGCCCACCGAGCAAAGAUCCUGAUCGAGUUCAUGAAGUCGAAGCCCCAAAUGUUUCAAGGGUUGGAAAAACCUAAAGUUGCUAGGAGAUGGUUGAAAGAGAUCAAAAAGAAGUUUGACGCUUUUGAAGUUCCUAAAGAAUAUCGAAUUGGCUUUACCACUUAUCUGUUCGAAGGGUUGGCUGAGAAUUGGUGGGACUCGGUGGUGGAUGCUUAUGACGUAUCAGACCUCUCCUGGGGUCAGUUUUCAAGAUUAUUUCGAAAGAACUAUAGACGCCAAGGUAGCUCUUCGAGACGCAGCAAAAGGGAUCAGAGUCGAGUGUGUUCUAAUUGUGGACUAACAGGUCACAGGAAACGGAACUGCCCCCGUAGGCAGCAACGUUCUUGGGGUGCUCAUACUAGCCAGACACAGCCAGCUUCAUAUCUGAAUGGAUCGACUUCUUUCGCAUCUGCCUCACAGCCUCCUGGGCUCCUACCUAAGUAUUACCUGAAUCCCGGGAGUUCCUUCCCAUCUGCCUCACAGCCACACGGGCUCCUACGUCAAUAUUACCAUCAGAAGUGAUCACAAAGACUUGGGAUUUGAGCAGCACCAAAAUGCGUCUCUGACUCUGCAAGCAUCACGAGAGUGGGGGAAAUUUCUCUCAAAUUGGAGGUUCUAGUUUCUGCGGCGGUAAGAAGAAAUGGAUGAGGGAGGCAAAGGCAGCUUCGCAGUUAUAAAAGCAGCACAUGAGCCUUAUAUUGAUAACACUAGUGGUGGAUGGUAAGAUGGGGUUGUAACAUUUUGAACGCCACAUUUUUUAAAACUGAGACUGCAAAUUUGUUUAAUCUCACAGAAAAAGAAAAAGAAAAAAAAAACAAGGGGAUUGUGUUGAUGGAGGUUAUAAUAUCUAUUCUGUGUCAGUUGGCUUUUUGAAUUUAAA